CCCCUCGCCGCAACUCUCUCUCUCUCUCUCUCUCUCUCUCGCCCUCCACCGCUUCCUACCGCCAUUCCACCCAACCCAACCUCUCCCCCCACGCGCCUGGCGCCUCAAAUAAUUCGCUGGCAAUGGCAGCGGUGCGGCCGUGCUAUAGCAGUCACGGGCAAUCGCGCCUCUUCCACGGCGCCUUCAGAGGUGGCGCCGCGCCGAUGGAGCCGCACAAGGAGAUGGUAGCGCUAGCGCCGCCACUGCAGGAGCAUCAGCAUCAGCCUCCUCUGUUCUUGGAUUACUCCCACGGAGAUGGAGAUGGCAGCCACGGCCGGAAGCGGCCGCGCGAGACCGAGGCACCGCCGCCGUCGCGGCUCUUGUCGCUGCAGACGCCGCAGGGUUCUCCGCGGCAAAGGAUGAUAAGCCUGGCGCAGCUGCAGAGGCGGCCAGCGACGACGGGCCUGCGGCUCGACUUCGACGACGGAGGCUCAGAGCACGCGGCGUGCACAUCGUCGUUCGACGACCAGUACACGGCCGAGAUGGACCGGCUGAUCCAAGAACACGCGGAGAGACUCCGGCGCGCGCUAGCUGAUACGGGGCGUCGGCACAGCCGCUCCUUGCUCUGCACAGCGGAGGCGUUGGCGGCGCGGCGGGCGCGGGACAAGGAGUCAGAGGCCUCGAGGGCGGUGCGGCGCGGCGCCGAGCUGGAGGAGCAGCUGGCUCGGCUGAGGGAGGACGCGGCGGCGUGGCAAGCGAAGGCAAUGGCCGACCAGUCCACGGUGGCCGGUCUCCACGCGAAGCUGCAGCGGGCGCAGGCGAGGAGCGGCAAGGCCGCUGAACAGGACAACAACAACGCGGCGGGUGCAGCAGACGACGCCGAGUCCGGCUUCGUCGACCCGGACAGGGUGGUGGAGCUGGUCGCGCCGCCGUUGCACAGGCCGUGCCGCGCGUGCCGUCUGCGGCCGGCCUCCACCGUGCUGCUCCCGUGCAGGCACCUCUGCGUGUGCGGCGCGUGCGAGCCCGCCGUAUCGGCCUCCGCGGCCUGUCCCAGGUGCCGCUGCCCGGUCACCGGCAGCGUGCAAGUCUUCUUCUCUUGACGCAUGAUGCCAAAAGGAAACUACUUGUCCCUUAAAAUGGCCGCUGAACUAGUAAAAUCAGAACCAUGGAGAGUUGUUCAAGAUUAGGGUGCAAAUUUCCACGUUUGCUAAUCGACUAAUCCCUCCAUGAUCACUUCACA